AUGAUCGUCAAUGAGCAGUAUGACCUGGAUAGACCCAAGGAAAAUGUUUGUACUCUUCAGAAAGGUUAGCUUUUUUUCCUUCGUCGCCCAAACAAAGUUUUUCAUCACCACUAGACCACGUUAACAAUGGUUAUUAACCACGCAAAAAGAAGUCCAUGAGAUACAUCAUGCUCGAAUCGUGACUCGGUCCCAAUUACCGAGUCUAAGAACUACAAAUGGGAGAUCAAAUAGUGAAUGUUAACUUUGGCUUCAAAGCCAAAAACGUUCAAUGACCACCUUAGCCGUUGUUCACACACGCCAAACGGGCGUUUAAACUCAGAUUUAUAAUAAAACCAUUUUUCAAAUCUUUCUCAAGGUCGACACUGAGAUCACUUCACUGUACAUAACAAACUCAACUUUAGGUAGGUUGUUUGAUGAUUUCGAGAGAAGUGUCGUUGAGGUGCCUAAAAGACGUAAAUGUUUUGUUUCGAAAGGAGGCUCAAAAUGUCUUUUCGACUUUGCUUAAAGGAAGUCAAAUGAAAGGUAAAAAAAUGACAACCAAAGAUAGUUUAAGUUAGAUCACAAGGUGAUUAUUUGAUAUUCUGUAAGGAAGUUAUCAUGAGACACACAUUGUCUGUUUCUUGCAGAUAGCUGCACUCACAUCAAGUCCAUUGGCAAACCUUUGACUCACAACGCUAGGUCCUAUACUCAAGGAGCAUGGAUGAAAGAUCCGCUAGGAAUCAUGGGUGCUGAGACCAUAUUCGUUAUGGCGUACUACUCUGGGAGAAACGAGCUUGAGGAGUUUGAAAACAUGGACAUGUUCAAAGCAGGCAUCGCUCGUAAGAAGUAUAAAUUGCCUUACAACUGGGAGGGAACAGGAGGAGUGGUGUAUGGACCUUACCUUUACUACAACAGGUAUAAACGUUCUAUUUUGGGGGGGGGGGAGGCCGUAAGGGGGCUACGAAUACCGCAAAAACGCACAGAUUAAGAUAAGAAAACCGCAAACCACAUCGAAAUUACCCAAACAUUUCUAAUUACCACAAACCGCAAUACCACAACUUGAAAUGAAACAUUUGCCCAAAACCGCACCACCAAAAACCCUUACGCCCCUUUCUUAUAAUUCAUCACCUUGCAUUGUCGUCAUUUGUAUUCAGUCGAACACAUUUCCUCAAGACAUGCUGCAGUUAGCGCUGAAAUAUUUCUUCCACAGACAUAAAUUACACUGUUUAAUUGGAAGAGGGAUUGUAGGCGAUAGCCUCAGAAAGUCCAUUGUAUAUCAAGCGACCGUAACAACAGAAGACAGCACACCUGACGAGACUUACGUUGGACUAACUGAAAACACUUUUAAGACACGCUUCACGAACCACAAAACAUCAUUUAAUAAUCCUAGCAAAAGAAUGAGCACCGAGCUAGGUAAACAUGUAUGGAACCUUAAAGACAGAAACAUUUGAUUAACUUCCGGAUCACCUGGAAGAUUUUGAAGCAAGCUAUCGCCUUCAACCCCUCUUCCAAGCGGUGUAAUUUAUGUCUUUGGGAUAAAUGUUUUAUAAUCUGUAAGCCCUUCUAGCCACUCUUAACAAGCGCAAAGAGCUUUAUUGUAUCUUCGUGUGGACACACGCUAGCAAAUUUCAAGUCCUCUUCUGUUACAUAAUAGAACACAUAGAAACAGCGUUGUAUCCUUAGUGACUGCAUUUCAAAUUUCAGUUAUAAUCAGCGUACUGUUGUAAAUCUACUAUUAGGCUAUUUUAUCUGAAGGACCAUCAUGUAGUACGAAACUAUAUUAUGCUAGUAAUAGAAUGCCUAGUCAAAUCUUCAGUUGACAAAGCAUUGUACUUCUGGCUUCUGGUAUUCUCGCUGUAGUCCUUCUAUUGAGCACUCAGGCAGCAGUUCUGCAUCAGCUGAAAUCAAGUAUAUAUAUAUAUAUUGUGUAUUACCAAACAUUAGCGUUGUACACAUUUGAAUCAGUUUUUCUAAUUGUUUUACUCAGUUGUAGGUGCUGUUAAUGUACAUACACAAUACGAUAAUGUAAGUGCUUAGUUUUGCCCUUUAUUUUGAAUGUCAGUAUAAAAUAAUUAUCAUCCAAAGAAAAUUAUGCAUCUUACCUAGCAAGAUAGCUUGCCCUGUGAGUGUAUCGAUCUGCAGUGUUAAACGCCGAUAGUACUUUUAGAUAUUGACGAUAUCCUUCAAGGAGGUCUUCAAGCGCAUCAUCGACCAAUAAAUUUUUUCUUAAUUAGGUGUAGAUAUUGAUUCCACCCUCACUGUAUACUAACAAUUAAUGUGCUUUUAUGGCAGAGCGAAUACGAACAACAUCGUCAAGUACAAUUUGCGUACGGAGCGUGAGGAAAAACAGAUAGGCUUAGCUGGAUCAGCGAGGAAGACCGCUUAUGGGUGGGGUGGUUACAAUCAAGUUGAUCUGGCAGUUGACGAACAAGGAUUGUGGGCCUUAUGGGGCUACAGUGGAAACAGCAACAAACUGAGAGCGCAAAUGAUAGAUGUAUUCUACGGUAAUACACUCCACGCUUGGAACUUAAAUACAGGUACAACCAAUUUUUUC